AUGGAUGCCUCCAUUCCCUCACAGUCACAGCCUGGGGUCCCCUCGCCCAUCGCCGGCGACGUGAGCCACUUGCAGCCGCCGACGCCCAUGUCCAAGAAUGCGCAGAAGCGCCUCCGCAAGCAGCAACAGUGGGAAGACGGCCGCGAGGACCGACGCCUCAAGCGCAAGGAAAAGCGACAGACGCACAAGCUCAAGGUGCGCGCCGAGCGGGCGGCGCUCAUCGCGGGCGGCGCGGACCCCCGCGCCGUGUACAACCGGGACAAGCGCGCUGCCAUACUCGUGCCCGUGUCCAUCGUCGUCGACUGCGACUUUGAGCAGUACAUGGUGGACAAGGAGCGCAUCUCGCUGUCGAGCCAGGUCACGCGCGCGUACUCAGACAACAGAAACGCAAAGUACCGCGCGCACCUCUGGAUCGCCGGCUUUCGCGGCAAGCUCGAGGAGCGCUUCAACACCGUGCUGCAGGCCCAGCAGAGGAGCUGGAAGGGCGCGUCCGUGUUCGCGGGCGACUUUGCGGCGUGCGCGGUGGAGGCUCGCUUGCAAAUGGCCGCGAAGACGACCGUGACGCCAACGGCGCCGCCGGAGGAGGAGGCGGAGAUCGCGGCGGUGCAGAAACCGAACGAGCAGCACCUCAUCGGCCCGCUACAGCGCAGCCUCGAGAGCCCUGCGCCGUGGCCGCGCGACGCUCACGACCCGUUCCCCCUGCCGGACGCGGAGCCGCCGCUGGACCCGGCGUACAAGGACGUGGUGUACCUCUCGUCCGACUCGCCGUACACGCUGGCGCGGCUGGAGCCCAACACAACGUACGUGGUCGGCGGGCUGGUGGACAAGAACCGCGAAAAGGGUCUGUGCUACCGGCGGGCGCGCGAGCGCGGCAUCCGCACCGCGCGCUUGCCGAUUGGGCAGUUCAUGGUGAUGCAGAGCCGGCAGGUCCUGGCGACGAACCACGUCGUCGACAUUAUGCUCAAGUGGCUCGAGUUUGAGGACUGGGGCAAGGCGUUCCUGAGCGUGAUUCCGAAGCGCAAGGGCGGCAAGCUGCGGGAGGAGAAUGGGGCGGACGGAGAGGAAGAGAAUGACGAGGCCGAGGAGCAGGAAGCGGAGCAGAAUGAGGAGAAUGGCGAGCAGGCUGAGGCAGAGGCGCCCAGGGAGGGGACUGCGGCUGCAUAG